AAUCAGAGCUCUUGUGUCCUACCCACUCCAUCGGUUCCGGUAGCAGUCCUCGCUAGGUGUCUCUCAUUAGCCGAGGCGCACUUGAACGCAUCAUCCCUCCAGGCAGCAGCUUGCAGUGACCUGACAGGGUGUCUUUCUAUUGGACUUGUUGCUAGUUUUCUACAAACAAUGAAUGAUCCGUGGCAGGAGUGCAUGGAGCACUGUGUGGAGGUCACCAAACAGGCUGGAAAGAUGAUCCGCGAGGCGCUCCAAAAGGACAUCGCCGUCAUGCACAAGAGCUCGGCGGUCGACCUCGUGACCGAGACGGACCAGCGAGUGGAGCAGCUCAUUAUAUCAUCCGUCAAAGCAAAAUUCCCCACGCACAGCUUUAUAGGUGAGGAGUCGGUGGCUGCAGGCGCCCCGAGCGUUCUUACUGACGACCCCACUUGGAUCAUCGACCCGAUUGACGGCACCACCAACUUUGUCCACCGGUUCCCAUUUGUGUCUGUAUCAAUUGGCUUCACGGUGAAGAAAGAGAUAGAGUUUGGGGUUGUGUACAGUUGCAUGGAGGACAAAAUGUACACUGCGCGCAAGGGGAAGGGCGCCUUCUGCAACGGCGUCCCCAUCAAAGUGUCAGGACAGGAAGAUAUCAGCCGCAGUCUGGUGCUGACUGAGGUGGGCUUCAAAAAGGACUCUGAGCAGUUUGCAACAAUGAUGGCCAACAUCAAGACCAUCCUGACAAUUCCUGUGCAUGGUAUUCGAUCGCCAGGCAGCGCAGCCAUCAACAUGUGUCUGGUGGCCUGUGGCUCGGCCGACGCCUACUUCCACAUGGGCAUUCACUGCUGGGACAUGGCUGGAGGGGCCGCCAUCGUCACCGAGGCUGGAGGAGUUAUCAUGGACAUAUCAGGGCCCGAGGACGAGGAUCAUUUACUCACCAAUACCUGUGGAGACGUACCAUCCCGACAAAGCCGAUUCAGCCGUUUCUCCAAGGCGGUGCCCUCGCCCAGGCUCUGUGACAGCAGGAACCUAGAACCCGUACUAGAUGGGGAUAAAGGCGACAGCUCCUAAGAGGCUGAAUGCAAUGCUACAAACUGCAAUGAAACUAAACCAAGAUGGCUGGAACAAACAAUUCAGUGUCUACCUACACUUGCACGGUCAAACAAAGCCUCAAAAGUACAAAUCAGUAGAUCCCCCAAUUAACUAACUGAUAACAGGCCCCAACUGACUAUCAGCAGUUCACAAUUAGUAACUCAGCUCUACUCACCUUCCUACGCUCCAAAAGCCAGUAGAAGGAAUACUCAAUACAAAGAGCUCUACGCACCUCCCUACGCUGCCAUAGCCAGUAGAAGGAAUUACCAUAGCCUAAAGUUACUACCAAAGAUCGGACGAGCCCCCAUAUGUCACAACCACUGGCUUGUUAGUGGCUGUAACAUUAAGGGAGACCACACCGAUUUGUACAUUUUAGCCAACAGAUCUUUUAUUUACAACAUGUAUCAGUGAUCAGUAAUGUGAAUUAACCAAGGAAUGUAUCAGUAAAUGAGUGUUGUCCCAAAAGGGUGCAAGUGUGGUGCUAAUCCCGGCCGUCGUUGCCGUGACCAUACGGUCACCAAACGAAUGUGCCUGUGGGACGAGAGAGAGAGAGAGAGAGAGCAUGAGAGAGAGAGCAUGCUGAUGGGAGGCCUUUUAUAGGCCACCCAAUCAGCAGCCCUCUGAGAUGUUGCACGUCUUCACAGACCAGCUCCACCUGCGGGUCGGAGGACCAAAGUGCCCCAAACACUAACCGGCAGAGCCGGGCAUGACACUACUGAAACCCACUACUACCCACCACGCAGUCGGAUAGUUUAUAUAUCAAUGAUGAAAUAUUAACAUUGCAACACAUGCCAAUACGGCCGGUUUAGUUUACUAAAUUGCAAUUUAAAAUUUUGCGCGGAAGUAUCAUGCUAAAACAUCGCGGUAUGAUGAUGCGUGCGCGUGGCGUCACGCAUUGUAGAGGACAUCUUGUUCUAGCACCGUUCCCAGCUAUAAGUCAUCUGUUUACAUCGCAUAAUUCCACAGUAUUAUGGACAUAUGUGUUGCUGAAUCUUUUGCAAUUUGUUCAAUGAAUAAUGGAGACGUCAAAGAAGAAAGCUGUAGGUGGCAAGCGGUGUAUUGCGGCCGCCUUUAGCAACACAAACAGCCGGUGUUUCAUUGUUUACAUUUCCGAAAGAUGACAGUCUAGCUUUACUAUGGAACAGAGAUGUCAAACGAACACGGUUGGAUUGGACCACACACACAAAGUACAGUGUAUUAUGCAGCGAUCAUUUUGAAAGAUCGUGUUUCGAAAAGGGUGCCUUGCGAAGGGCAGAGAUGGGCAUCGCCACCACCCGUCGACUGGUGCUGAAAAAAGGUGCGGGGCCGACCUUCAGGUUGUACAGGUACGACCAUAUAAUCUCACUAAAACACUAGUACAACAAAAACCAGAUAAGGGAUUUUCCAGAAUUAUCCUAGUAAAUGUGUCUAAUAACAUCUGAAUCACUCCCACUGUCCUUGUCUUUUUUUUUUUUUCUUCUAGUCCUUCACUCUCACUUUCCUCAUCUGCGAAUCUUUCAUUCUCGCUCAAAUUAAUGGGGAAAUCGGCGCUUUCUCGGUCCGGAUCGCUCUCGCUGCUGGUGGCCAUGAUUGUAAACAAUGUUCAGAUGUGAGGAGCUCCACAACCCGUGACGUCACGCGCAUAUCGUCUGCUACUUCCGGUACAGGCAAGGCUUUUUUUUUAUUAGCGACCAAAAGUUGCGAACUUUAUCGUCGAUGUUCUCUACUAAAUUCUUUCAGGAAAAAUAUGGCAAUAUCGCGAAAUGAUCAAGUAUGACACAUAGAAUGGACCUGCUAUCCCCGUUUAAAUAAGAGAAUCUCACUUCAGUAGGCCUUUAAGAAAAAAUGUAACAAAAAGUGUCAGUUUCCGCUCCCCUCUUCUCCCUACAGUGAAGCAAACAAGUAAAGGAAAUGCUUGAGUUUGUUGCACAUACCUAGGGCAGCGCGGUAUACCAGUAUUUCAGACAUUACCGCCAUACCGAUAAUCGUAAUUCGUAAUGUCUUGACGUGGAAGCAGAGUAGGAUCCGCGCUCAUUUAACCCAAACCUCCGUACAGGGAGUGGGUGAAGCAUACCUGUCAACCUUCCCCUUUUUGCUUGGAAAUCUUGUAUUUUGUUCUUCUUUCCUGGCGUCUUGCCGGUGCGGUUUUUCCCAGGAUUUUGCUCUUAAUAAAAAAAUAAUCCUCAGCAGUAUUGUUGCCAGCAAUCGGGUCCGUUUGACUCAAGCCUCGGCAACAUUCAGCAUCACGCGGGGCAUCAUUCCGGUUCAUGACACCAGCAUGGCGAGUUUCAAUGUACGUGAUCCAGAGGUGUGGACUCGACUCGAGUUAUGAAUUUAUUGACUUUAGACUCGACUUGACAAAAUGUAGAGACUUGCAACUUGACUUAGACUUUAUCAUCAAUGACUUGUGACUUCACUUGGACUUGAGCCUUUGACUUGACAAGACUUGCUACUUUCUCUAAAACCCAAAGAUUAACACGUUAUUCUGGAGCGCUCCGUAUCUUUCAUGGUGUACGUGUGCGUCUGUCAGCGUGUGUGCUGUCGGUACAACAUCCAAUCAAAUUAGAUCCACGUUGUUUUCAUCCGACAGCAUUCAUCCAGUCAAAUUGCAGUACAACCAACAAAGAAGAGCUGGCAAACAACGUGAAAAAAAUUAUACCAAAGAUAGUUUCGUUUGGGUAUAAACACUACGAGUUGGUCAACAAAAAACUAAUUGUAGUAUGCAAAACAUCCAAUCAAAUCAAAUUAGAUCCACGUCGUUUUCAUCCGACAGCAUUCAUCCAAUCAAAUUGCAGGACAACCAACAAAGAAGAGCUGACAGACAACGUGAAAAAAAUGAUACCAAAGGUAGUUUCGUUUGGGUAUAAACACUACUAGUUGGUCAACAAAAAACUAAUUGCAGUAUGAAAAACAUGUCCGAAGAUUACAGACGGAGAAGCAACAACUUUCAACUUCGUUCGACAUUUAAAGUUGCACAUAGAACGGUAAGUUUUGAAUGUAAGCUAACGUUUAUAGGCUAAGUAACGUAACUUUUAUUUGCUGUGUAGUUAAAUCAGUGAAUUGAUUAACGUUGACCCUGACUUAAACAAGUUGAAAAACUUAUUCUGGUGUUACCAUUUAGUGGUCAAUUGUACAGAAUAUGUACUGUACUGUGCAAUCUACUAAUAAAAGUUUUAAUCAAUUAAUCAAUCAAUGAGGCAAUCUGUUGCUUCCACUUCAGUUCAUAUUUGUCCCGUUUUAGCUAGCUUUCCAACUGCUGGUUGUUUACCUCACAACAGCCCUGGUGGCAUCAUCGUGCACAAAUGACUGACAGACUCUUGGCCAAUUUGGUCUUUUGCAAAUGCAAUGCAGCAUUGGGCUCUGACAUGUAAAAAGUACAAUUCUGUUCAUUGUUAUGUUCAUGUAUUUAUGUUUUUCAUGUGUACGCACACAUCAACACACACAGUAUGAGAUGAGAGCAAUGAGAUAAGGUAAGAACAGGAUAGAAACUGAUGUAGAACUAGUUAAAAUGCAAUAUGCCAUAGAAAUACUAUGUUAACACUUUUGUACAAAUAUGUACAGUUGCACUUGUUUUUUCAAAUGUGUUUAUUCUGUAAAGGAAUGAGUUAAAUGUUUAAAAUGACUGGUUAAUAGUGUUUUUAUGAAGUGCAUUGUCAGCACAAUUUUAUUUCCUGCAAUUUCAAAUGCACUUGUUUUAAUAAAUAAAUACAGCGUUUUAAACGCAUACACAGUCAGUGUAAAUAUAUUAGUCUCUGGUUAAAAGGACUUGAAAGGACUCGAAACUCAAAAUGCAGGACUUGGGACUUGACUUGAGACUUUUCAGUCUUAAAUUUGAACUUGACUCGGGACUUGCCUGUCUUGACUCGGGACUUGACUCGAUACUUGAGGGCAAAGACUUGAGACUUUUUUAUGACUUGCAAAACAAUGACUUGGUCCCACCACUGACGUGAUCCUAUCCAAACAACAAUGCGAGAGAGAUUGAUGCAUUUGAAAACGAUGGUGAAGACAUUUCUGGCAAAAUAUAAUACACUUUGUGUAAAUAGAUGUGUUCUCAGUUGCAACGGUAUGAAAAAAAACAUCUCUACAAAGCUGCCAGAAAUAAUUAACUUGUUAUAUGAGCUUCCCAGUCACAACUAUUUUGCUCAAGAAGCACUGCCAAAACAACUGAAUACACACUCUGACAGGGUGUUAAGCGGCAGGAGCAAUAUUGUCAGCUGCCACACAGCAUUCUGCAGUUGACAGCCUUCUAAAAAUGUUGAGCUAAAAAAAACACUUUUGUUAAAGGUGAACUAUUUUAAAGGCCUGCUGAAAUUAGAUUUUCUUAUGUAAACGGGGAUAGCAGGUCCAUUCUGUGUCAUACUUGACCAUUUCGCGAUAUUGCCAUAUUUUUGCUGAAAGGAUUUAGUAGAGAACAUCCACGAUAAAGUUCGCAACUUUUGCUUGCUAACAGAAAAGCCCUGCCUCUACCGGAAGUCGCAUACGAUGACGUCACAUGUUGAUGGCUCCUCACAUCCUCACACUGUUUUUAACGGGAGCCUCCAACAAAAAGAGCUAUUCGGAUCGAGAAAACAACAAUUUUCCCAUUAAUUUGAGCGAGGAUGAAAGAUUUGUGUUUGAGGAUAUUGAUAGCGACGGACAAGAACAAAAAAAAAAAAAGUUUAAAAAAUAUAUGCGAUUGCAUAUUUUUAGACACAUUUACUAGGAUAAUUUUUGGAAAUCCCUUAUCUUUCUAUUGUGUUGCUAGUGUUUUAGUGAGUUUAACAGUACCUGAUAGUCGGAGGUGUGUGUCCACGGGUGUACGUGUCUCAGGGAAGUAGACGGCAGCUUUAUGGGCGGCACAAGCUCAGCUGAUCUCCGGUAAGAAGCGACUUUUUACCACAAUUUUCUCACCGAAACCUGCUGGUUGACAUUCGGUCGGGAUCCAUGUUCGCUGUGAUCCAUAGUAAAGUUUCACCUCCGUGAAUUUUAAACAAGGAAUCACAGUGUGUUUGUGUGGCUAAAGGCUAAAGCUUCCCAACUCCAUCUUUCUACUUUGACUUCUGCAAUAUUAAUUUAACAAAUUGCAAGGGAUUCAGCAACACAGAUCUCCAAAAUACUGUGUAAGUAUGCGGUUAAAGCACACGACUUUUAACUGUGUGUGUGCGCAGCGCUCAUAUUUCCUAACAGCCGUGACGUCAAGCGUACACGUCAUCAUUACGCGACAUUUUCAUGAAAAAACUCCCGGGAAAUUUAAAAUUGCAAUUUAGUAAACUAAAACGGCCGUAUUGGCAUGUGUUGUAAUGUUAAGAUUUCAUCAUUGAUAUAUAAACUAUCAGACUGCGUGGUCGGUAGUAGUGGGUUUCAGUAGGCCUUUAAAUUUGAUGCUGAUGUUUAAAAUGUAUUCUUAAACCAGGGACUUUAUUUAAUAUUUUGUUCUUUUGUGUUUCAGUUAUUAGCUGAGGAUUUCAGCAUAGCUGAAGGUGGCCCGUUUGAUCUGAUGUCCCGCCGGCUGAUCGUGGCUAGCAGCAGAGCCGUGGCCGAGCGCAUCGCAGCGCAGGUAACAGAGUUUGGCGUCGGCAGGGACGACGCAGAUGGCUCGUA